AUGGUGGUGGAGCCGUCGCAGGGCGUAACUACAAAUUCCAAGAUCGUCCCAGCCAGCCGGCCGUGCGUUUUGUACGAACUCCGUGAGAAACCCAAUCACCCUCCCGUUCUCUGUCACGUGGCCGAGGAAACGAGGAGUGAUGCCGGUGCACUCGAGCAGCUGGUAUAUCCCGACCUCUCUGUCAAUCGACGCGAUGGCCUCGAGGGUGGGAAAACUGAAGAACUUCAUCAAGACUGGCGCGUCAAAGAUCGGGUGGCAAACCCGAAAACUAUUACACACCAGCCCAGCAUCAUGUCCUGCGAAUCGUCUCACACGCACGACCACCACCAUGAUACCCCGCCCGAGCCCGAGGACGCCUGGCGCAACUCAGGUGUUCAAGUGGUACCCGCAGACAACUUGGACACCAACACAGCACAGACCGCCGGCAUGAGCAGAGCGGCCGCCAUCAACUUUGCCCGCGUCGGCGCACAGAAGCUAUGGGCCGGCACGGUCACCAUCCACGCCGACGCCAAGACAGGAGCGCAUCACCACGGACAUCUCGAGUCUAUCAUCUACGUCCUCAAGGGUCGAGCCCGCAUGCGAUGGGGCAACAACCUCGAGUUCACCGCCGAGGCCGGGCCGGGCGACUUCGUCUACGUCCCUCCGUAUGUCCCGCACCAGGAGAUCAACGCCCUGAAGGAUGAGGAUCUGGAGUGCGUGCUUGUGAGGAGUGACGGCGAGGCUAUUGCUGUCAACCUGCCGGAUGUUGAGCCGGUCGAGAAGCCGGAGACGGUGAAGUGGGUGGACCCGACGCAUAGGAACUUGCCUUAG